CAGGCAGUUCCUUCUAGACCUGGGGACCUGUGCCCGAGGACCUUAGACUGAUGGGUGCCCAGCUCUGCUUUGAGGCCAACGCCAAGGCGCCCCGAGAGGCACUUCGCUUCCAUGCCGAGGCCAAGGGCGCACAGGUGCGUCUGGACACGCGUGGCUGCAUCGCGCACAGGCGCACCACGUUCCACGACGGCAUCGUGUUCAGCCAGCGGCCGGUGCGCCUGGGCGAGCGUGUGUCGCUGCGAGUGCUGCGGGAGGAGAGCGGCUGGUGCGGCGGCCUCCGCGUGGGCUUCACGCGCCUGGACCCCGCGUGCGUGUCCGUGCCCAGCCUGCCGCCCUUCGUGUGCCCCGACCUGGAGGAGCAGAGCCCGACGUGGGCGGCCGUGCUGCCUGAGGGCUGCGCGCUCACUGGGGACGUGGUCCGCUUCUGGGUGGACCGCCGCGGCCGCCUCUUCGCCAAGGUCAACGCCGGCUGCCGGCUCCUGCUGCGUGAGGGCGUGCCCGUCGGCGCCCCGCUCUGGGCCGUGAUGGACGUGUACGGGACCACUAAGGCCAUCGAGCUGCUGGCUGCCAGCGCCUCACACCUGAAGCACCUGAUUUGCUGGGUCUGGAGUGGAGCCCUGAACCUGUGUUUGUCCAGGCUCUUGGGAGAUGUUGAUGCCCAUCUGGGUUGGGAAUGUGGCUCGGCCAAGGGUCUCCACUCAGGCAGCGGCUGGAGGGCAAAGAAGAGGGGCCUGAAGGAAGGUGGCUCAGGAGGAGGAAUCUCCAGCCCCAAGGAUUCUCGGAUUCUCAGCUGGGUCAAGCUGGGGAAGGGAUGGCCAGGACAGGGUCUUAAAAUUUGGGGAUGGGGGCUCAGCAUUGCAACCCAGGAAAGAAAGGAGACCGGACACUUUGCUGCGGGGCCAGGGGCGGGGAUGGGGGCACCUGGGCUUGCCGUCCUGGACCUGAGUUUCUCUGCCUCAGAUCCCACAGCCAGCCGGCUCCCAACAGCCAUGCCAUGGGACCUCAGCAACAAGGCUGUGCCUGAGCCCAAAGCCACACCAGGAGAGGAGUGUGCCAUCUGCUUCUAUCACGCUGCCAACACCCGCCUUGUGCCCUGCGGCCACACAUACUUCUGCAGAUACUGUGCCUGGCGGGUCUUCAGCGAUACGGCCAAGUGCCCUGUGUGCCGCUGGCAGAUAGAGGCAGUAGCCCCUGCGCAGGGCCCUCCUGCUCUAAGGGUUGAGGAAGGCUCAUGAAAGGAGGCUUCCCAGUAUGAGUGGCAGCCCGGGCCUAGAUCUGAGUCCGGCCCCUGCAGAGGAAGGAGGCGCAGCCCUACCUUCUUUCUGGGGAAGAGUCAGAAGGGCUGAUUAGCAAGAGGUGCGGCAGAGAGAGGAAGGCAGGGAGGUGCUGUCUGCUGCCUCCACCUGUUCCCCGACAGGAUAGCAAGGAAAAACCCCUCUUUCUGUCCAUGCCAGAACUAUCCUUCUGAUGGGGUGCUUUGUUUAGAGAUGGGGUGGCCCAAUCCCCAAUCAGUUUUACGGCUGAGGGAGUUCAGGUAUCUGUUGUGUCUGGUGAAGCCCUGUACCUCCUGGGUAUUGAAGAACCUGGACUUGAAGCAGGAGGUAUCUGCAUGGAAUGUAUAAAGUUCCACGUGGAAGCUGGGUUGCCUCCCUCAAGUCCCCAGUAGAGUGGAUCUGUAGUUACCCGCCCUGCCUCCCUUUCAGGGUGGUCAUGAGGUCCCAGUGAGACCCUGCAUCUGAAGAUGAUUUAAAACAUGAAAGUGUAUUGUUGUCACUGUGGUAAUUUCCUUGCCAGUUUCUGAGAUAUCAAAAUAAAGUUUCCUGAA